AUGGCUGCCUCAACACUGGCGUACGGAUAUGGCGGGACGUUCGCGUCGCGCUUUGCAGCCGAAGCCUUCUCCUCCUUCCCGGUCCACCACGCUGGCAUCCCACGACCCGAUGAGAACAGUCCGGCCGACGAUGUCAUCGCGCCUGGAGAUACCACACGGUCGAGCAGCACUGGGAGGCCCAAGGAACGAAGAACUUUGUGGAUGGGGGACCUUGACCGAGCUGAGCUACCGGUUGACGAAGCCUACGUCAGGAAUGACAUGUUUCUCGAGUUUAAUGCGUUUAUUACCCACGUGCGAGUCUGCAGAGAUAGAAUAACACGGCUACCGUCGUUCGGGUUCGUUGAGUUCGCUACGGAGAAGCACGCUAGUUACGUUCUAGAGCAUAUGAAUGGUCGAUUCGUUCCUGGUCGAUGCCAUAAGUACAAGCUGAAUUGGGCAAACUUCAAUCUGACCGAAAAACCUGAGACGAAAGCAACCUUCUCAAGGCCUCCAGAGCUCAGUCGGCCCCCGGGGGAGAGUGUGUCCAGGUCUUCUGAUUCAGCUGGAAUCGGUCGUGGAUUUGGGUUUGUGCACUUUCGCGACCCCGACGAAGCUGAGCGCGCUCUAGGAGAAAUGAAUGGUGCCAUUUGCCGGGGUCGUCGAAUCCGUGUAAAUCGGUCCAACAACAGUCGAGCUUCGGCCCAAGGCACAUCUCAGGAUCCUUCAGUUCAGUCAGCGAUGGCGAAAUUGUAUGCUGCGACGGCCUAUCAGGCACAGAAAAUAGCUCAAGACUAUUGUGGAGGUUUUGUGCCGACAAAGAGGAAACGUGGUGUCCUGGCAGGCGGCACAACGGCGAAGGUUGUAGUCAGGGGUCUGGAUCCUUUUUGCUCUGAGGAAGAAGUUGAACGGCAUUUGUCUCACUUCGGUGAGAUCAUUCAAACCAAAGCCGUUCCAGGAGGUAAAGCCUAUGUGACUUUUGCGGAGCAGCAAGCAGCAGAGAAUGCAGUUACCUACCUCAGUGGGUGUUUCAUUGGUGCGAAUCGAGUUGGCUUGGAGCACGCCGACGCUCAGCCUCCUGAGAACGGUGGACCGGCGUCUGAGGGACAGAACAGGGACGGCGUCUACUAUUGGCCGCAAACGGUUGCGAGCAUGAACUUAACUGCCAAUGACGGCGGCUGCUGUGCACCCUCCAGCUACGGCACAAGCUGUUUCCGGCUUACUGGCGCAUCUGGUUGGAAUGCUAGCGGUUCCAACUACGUUGGAGCGAUACAGGGCUGGGGAGAAGUAGCAGGCUCAGCGGAUACCCAGCCGGUCUACAACGCCUGCUCUACUGUUGCCGAUAUGGACUGGCAGCCUGAUUCUCUACGGUACGCCCAAAAUGCUGCCUCCGGAGACUGUGGCGGCGCUGGUCAGAUUCCAGGGCUUAUGAUGAACGGUGGCCUUAUUGCAGAUCCGCUGACACUGGCUACAAUUGCAGCCCAAAAAGAGAUUGAGAAUAGACAACGUGAGCACGCCAAAAGGAAAGGUUUAAUUGCUGCGUCAGACGCCGAGUUAUCGGGCGGUCUCUUUCAUGACGUCGAUCCUGCCAUGGUUCCUGCGGAUCUGCUGCCUGCGCCGAUGAUGGCGGACCAGGCUAUUCUCACCAAAGGUACUCUAGAGCGGCACACAUUCGUUAGCAGUAACCCCCUUUUCUCCUCCACUUUGAGGCUCCGCGGUCCCAGUGACGACGAUGGCUUCAUGGAACUGAUAGACGAAGCAGAAGGAUGCGAAGCAGUGAUCAAAAGCGACCAUGAAAGACUUGUCGCGGCGAAGCAGAAAGCAAAGGCAAGGAUGCAUGAGGAGGACCAUGAAAUCCUGUACGGUACAACGUACACUGGCCAUCUCCCCCUCUAA